CCUAAAUAAUUUUGUUACUAUUCAGUAGAGAAGUGUAAAAAGAGAUUCGGCAGCCGUAGAAGCGGCCGGAGCUCGAGAAGGGGGAAGAUAUGGAGGCAUAUUUGUGGAUUCGAAGCAGCCUCUCCAGACCCAAAACGACCAAAUUCCCAUCUUUAGCCGUUUCUGGCGACGGCAAGAACCAAUCCUCGAAAGUAGACGAGGAAGAGCUCUAUGGAGUCACUACCCAAUUGAUCGAUUUUGUCAAGGCCUUCAAUUUCGAUACAUUCAGAAAUUUCCCCCUUCAAGAUGAACAGGAGGGAUCAAGUAGAGAUAGUGCGAUUCCUCCGAGGAAUUAUGAGAAAGAAAAGAAAGAUUUAUCUGAUUGGCAAGAACGGCAUGCGUCGCUUGUGCUAUCCAAAGUCAAGGAACUAUCUCAACUGAGAUUUAGGUUAUGCCCCCGUUAUUUGAAAGAGCUGCAAUUCUGGAGAAUAUACUUCAAACUUGUCAAGAUCCAUGUUAAUGAAUACGAAUUGAGAGCGGUUAGAGCUGAAAAGCUGAGGCAGAUGGCUAUGGGCAUGGAAGAUUCCUCGAAUAGAAGUUCGUAUGAAGUGGAAAUGGCGGAGACGAAUCAAUUCACUAGUUCAGUUCCUUCUUCGGCCCCUUUGGAAGGACUCGAUACUCCUUCCUCUGAUAUUCAGUAAACAAAUCAGGCAAUUUCUUAAUUUCUUUGUGCUGCAGCGAUUUAUAGUUGCUCAUUGUUCACAAUCUUGAUCAUAUCUUAUAUUCCUCUGUCUGGUUUGUUGUACCAAUAGAAAGCAUGUCAUGUACAAUAUGGAAUUAUAUAUAUUCAUUUUCCAACAGAUUUUCACACAAUUUUUGGAGU